UUCCAAGACAACGAUUGCGCUGUUUAAAGUUAUCCGCAAUAUCAGUAACGAAAGAAACCUUGUCACUUAUAAUAAUAAUUUAUAUUAAUUUUAUCAAUUUAUUAUUUUAUUAUUACAUUGUAUCAUUACAUACAACAAUAACAUUUAUACCGUAUUAAAGAAAUUAUAAUUAUGGUACAAAAUCAAAUAAUUGAAAAUGUGAAACCUACCACUUGCCUAUAUCGCCAAAAUGUAAAACCAAUGAAAAGUGUUAAAAUAUCAAAAAAUGGUGUAGAAGCAAUAACUCCAAAACAUUUGCAACGCUCAUUUCGUGCGAAUCCAUCGUACAUUUCCAAGAAGAAGGAUUAUAUAAAAUUAAAUGUUGUAAAAGAAAAGAAGAAGGAAGAGAAUGAGAAUGAGAAGAAAUCAUCGAAUCCUGAUAAAGAAUUGAAAAAGGAAGAGGAUAAUGAGGAAGAAAAAAAAUUAGAUGUUAAAGAAGAAUUGGAAAAGGAAGAGGAUAAGGAAGAAAAAAAUUAGAUGUUAAAGAAGGACCGGAAAGGGAAGAGAAUAAGGUAGAAAAAAAAUUAACUAUUAAAGAAGAAGUGGAAAAGGAUGAAAAAAAAUUAGACACUGAAGAAAAAGUGAAAGAAAAAGAAAGUGUUAUAACAUCUACCAAAGAAGUAUGUUUCGCAUUUUUUAACUUUUACUUUAAACUCUGUAUCUUUUUAAUUUUUCAAAUUU